AUGCGUCCAUUCCUUCGCCAGUCCAUGCUUCACGCGCGUCGCCCACAUUGUAAGUUAAAUUUACAGUUUUUCAUAAGGAGUGCAAAUAUUUAUACCCUCCGGAAUACCUCAUGGACAAGCCGUGACCGGGCUCCAGCCGAACGGCCACAGGGUCCCCGGUUUCAUACCCCCUAUACGACACAAAGCCCAGAAAUCUCUCUAGACGAUGAUUUCAUCAGCCCAGAGCAAAGGGAACAAAUAUUCAAUGGAGUGUUCCCUGCUGACUUUUCGGGCGAAGUGAUAUCCUUGAAAACAACAAGACAAGAAUUUCACCACAUAGCAAAGGCAUUUAGAGACUCAACAGACAAUACCACCAUUAGGCACAAACAAGUCUCUGUGCAUGAAUGUUUAGUCAAUUCCGUUUCUCGUCAACUUCAGAAUCUCAUAAAUCUGCAUGAGAUUUCAUUUUACUGUGAUUCAACGAUAUCUGAGGGAAUCCCCGACCCAGACAUUCAGAUGGUCAUAGACACAAAAUCCGGCAUGGAGUCCGUUCUUGCUGUUGAAGUUGGCUUCUCGCAGACCAGUGCCGACCUGGAGAAAAGAGUCAGAUGCCUUAUUGAAAAGACUACAGUCAAGGUCGCUAUGCUUUUUGAUCUCAAGGAGACUCCUAAUUAUAAAAACCCCCUCCGAACGGAAGAAAAUAAAAAAAAAUAUCACGCUGAGAGAAUGGCCCAAUCGGAAAAUCCUACUGCAUUAAUUCGGCAGUACUGCGAAGGAAGGGCUCCCUAUAGCCCCGUGCUCUUAUACGGCGCUCGAUGGACGGGUGAGCUUACUGCCGCUAUGCAGGUAUUUGUUAAGAGCACCUCUACAGGAGAGCCCAUCCCGCGGACACCAAGAAUUUCGGAAGAUGAGGCUUACAAUAAGGAGUUGGUACUGGACUGGGACGAAAUAAGACACCAACUGGAGAGAGCUAGGCGCCGUCUUGCUGCCGAAAGGCACGCAGCGGCUGCCCUUAAGUUAUCUGCUGGUGGAAACCUAUGA